ACCUUAGAUGUCAUGACCUUAUAUAAAGAGCUACCAAUGGCUACUUUAAUUUUCAAGUGAUCAGCUAUUGGAAAAGCUUAAUUAUCUAGAAGCUGCAUUCUUUUCGGUGCUCGAGAAUAUGAAGCAAAAGAUAAUUCUUAAAGUGUCAAUGCAUUGCAGCAAAUGCCGAAAAAAAGCUUUAAAAGUAGCUGCUGUUGCAUAUGGGGUGACAUCGGUGGCAUUACAUGGACCAGAAAAGGACAAGCUAAUGAUAUUAGGUGAAGGGAUGGAUGCAGCAUGUUUGACCGAGGCAUUAAGGAAGAAGCUUUGUCAUGCAAGCAUUGAAAUAGUUGAAGAAGUGAAAGAUACACCCAAAACAGAAGAUAAACCCAAAAAAGAAGAUCCACCAAAGCCCAAGUCUCCUCAAAUUAUAAUCUGUCAACCACAGCCGUUUGAAUAUUAUAGAGUGGUUGCUGAUCCUACUCCAGCUCCUUGUACUAUUAUGUGAAACUAAAAGCACACUACUAUCAGCAAUAAGGUCAUGUUGAUUAGCAAUGUAACUCCAAUUAUAGGCCUGGUUUUUUUCCCUUAUUCUUAGCUCUGUUUUAUGUUACCAAUGGGUUUGUCUCUAUGUAUUGUGUGGGUUUGAGUAAAUUCAAUUUUUUUCAAAAAAAUUUAUAUGUCUAUACUCAUAUAUGUUAUGUGUUCAGUAUAAUGUUGAAGAGAUGAAA